ACAGGGCGCCUGUGACCUUAAAAGACAAGGAGUCACACAUGUGCGGAUCGAUCCCACAAACAAAGAGGAGCAGGAGCCCCAAUUUAAUCGUAAUCAAGACGGCUUCCAUCUUUACCUUCAUCGCUGUGAUGACGGGCGCACCUGGUGCGGCCAGGAGUACUGCAGCAUUUGUGCAACAUCAUGGCCGCAUGUCCAAAAAUUGGAGGAUGUCAAGGAGUGUAGCUAGGACAAUGACGUCAAGCUCUACGCGUGGAAGAGGAGCCUCCCAGGAGGAUGGAGGAAGUGAGGGCCCGGACGAGCGGGUCAGUCUGGCCCCCAUGAUGGAGUACACCGACAGACAUCUUCGGUUCUUGCUGCGCCUCCUCUCCAAGCGCAUGGUUUUGUACACGGAGAUGAUUACCGCACCUACCCUGUACCACAACGAGGAAAGCCGCGACCGCUUUCUGCGCUUCAACAGCCCGGCCGAGCACCCCGUGGUGCUCCAACUUGGUGGUUCUGAUCCUGAACAGCUGGCAGAAGCCAGCCGCCUCGCCUCUCCCUACAAGUAUAACGCGAUGAACCUGAACUGCGGAUGCCCGAGUGAGAGGGUCUCUGGCAAGGGCUGCUUCGGGGCCGCUUUGAUGCGCGAGCCCGAGCGCGUCGCAGAGCUUUGUACGGCCAUGAGCGAGGGAAGCCAGGGCAAGAUUCCUGUCACGGUGAAGUGCAGGAUAGGGGUUGAUGACGACGACAGCUACGAGCAGCUCGCACGUUUCGUGGAGACCGUCUCGGGCGCGUCGCCAGUUCGCCACUUUUUGGUGCACGCCCGGAAGGCGAUCCUGGGCGGGCUCUCCCCUGAUCAGAAUCGGAAGGUCCCUCCCCUGAAGUACCCCUUCGUCUACCGGCUGAGUCGGGAAUUCCCGCACCUCCGCUUCACCCUCAAUGGCGGGGUGCUCUCCUACGAGGACGUGGCCGAGCACCUGCGGGAGGGAGUGCACGGCGUCAUGAUCGGGCGCGCCGUCGUUGCCCGUCCCUUCUACUGGAGCGAUGUGGACGCACGCGUGUUCGGGUCAGCGGAUGGGAACCCGGGUCUGACGAGGAGGGAGGUUCUGGACAGGUAUGGGGCCUACGCGCAGGAGGAGGAAGCGAGGGGGGGGCCCAGGAUGCGUCGCUUGCUCAUUAAGCCUGUGCACAAUUUAUUCGCGGGGGAGCCGAUGGGGAAGCGCUUCCGCGCAACGUUAGACCAAGCCUUGCUGGAGCCGUCUCUGGAUGUUCGGCAGGUGCUAGAGCGAGCCACUGCCGUGAUGCCAGCGGCCCUUCUGGAGGUGCCACCGGGAUCGGCGGCCAUCCCUGCUCCCGAGGCUGUCAGACAUUAGGACGUAAAUACAUUCGGGCGGGGACGGAGGGAUUGUCGAGAAGUUCAUAGAGCAAAGAUGUUUUAUACGAGAACGAUAUCAAAGUACCAGACGCGUGCAUC